ACCUUUUGGAUUUUGGUUUUGAUUUUUUGAGCGGUGUAAGUGUUCAUGGCAAGAUGUGUUCGCGUGAAAUACGGUGAUGAUUGAUCGCUGUUUUGGGGCAUUAAGUUAUGCUGGGCGCCACUAAUCUUUUCCACGUUAAGCGUUUUAGAAUGUCCCGCAUUCCUGGAAUUCCUCGGUUCUGAUGUCAAGAGGGACGGACCAUACGUAUCGGAACCUAUGCGCACCCCUUCCUCGGCACGGAUUUCGCGUUUUUUAAUUGUUAAUUUUGUUGAAACGGCUCGCAGAAAAGUUAGGGAUAGUGAAUCGCACCCGUAGCCUACACAUUUAACUGUUUUGACGGGAAAGGCUUCUCCUCUUUGUCCACGUAGUAACAUCCCACUGGGGCUCGACUUUGAAAUCGAAGACAAGGCAUCUUCAGCGCGAAGGCUCAAGACGCGUAUUUUUCGUCUCCUCACACCAAAAUCGCAAGGGAAGUUUGUUGUUAUGGCUCUAAAGAACAAUAGUCUUUGGAUUAUAAAAGGAUUUUGAGUCUUUGUGGAGUUUUUCUGCUUACGACGUGGGUAAAUCCGCUACACGGAGUUCUGAAGAAAAGCUGACUUCGGGACGGAAUGUAAGGACCUACGGCUGUCCAGAGCGCAGGAAUGGGACGGCCCUUCCACACCACACACCUGCGGAGCCGGGCGCUCACCUGGGGCUAGCCGCACCUGCCCCGCCGCCCCUGUUCUGCUGCCCCUGCCCCCCCUGAGGGGGCGUCGCCGGGGGCAACAUGCCCUUCCGUCUGAAGCUGCGGCGCACGCGGCGCUACAACGUGCUGAGCAAGAACUACUUCGUCACGCGCAUCCGCCUGCUCGACAGCAACGUCAUCGAGUGCACGCUCUCCGUGGACAGCACCGGCCAGGAGUGCUUAGAGGCCGUCGCACAGAGGCUGGAGCUACGAGAGACGCACUUCUUUGGUCUGUGGUUCCAGAGUCGGGUGCAGCAGCAGCAGCAGCAGCAUCAGCAGCGCUGGGUGGAGCUGGAGAAGCCGCUGAAGAAGCAGCUGGACAAGUUCGGCAACGAGCCGCUGCUGUUCUUCGGCGUCAUGUUCUACGUGCCCAGUGUCACCCGCUUAGAACAGGAGGCCACCAGGUAUCAGUACUACCUGCAGGUGAAGAAGGAAGUCCUGGAUGGAAGACUCCACUGCACUGUGGAGCAGGGCAUACGCCUGGCCGGCCUGGCUGUUCAAGCGGACUUUGGCGAUUAUAAUCAAUUUGCAUCUCAGGAUUUCCUCAGGGAAUAUGUGCUGUUCCCAGUGAACUGGCCGGUGGAAGGUGUUUUGGAGGAGUGGACUCAGAAGGUAGCCGAAGAGCACAAACGCCACUGUCGAAUGCAGACAGCCGAGGCAGAGCUCCUUUAUAUAAAGGAAGUGGAGAAACUCGAUGGCUUUGGACAGGAAAGCUUCGCUGCAAAGGAUAACUACACCAACGAUAUCUUCAUUGGUGUGUCCUUCAUCGGGGUGUUUGUCAAACAUAGGAAUGGGAGGUCCAUCAUGCUCCACAGAUGGAAGGACAUUGGCACCAUCGCUCACAACAAGUCGGCCAUCACCGUGGAGAUCACCAGUAGAGACGACACCAUCAUGUUCCACACGGAAGACAUUGAGAUGGCCAAGUACAUUGCCAGGCUUUUCACGGCCAGACACAAAUUCUACAAACAGAACAAGAUAUGUGCUGAGCCGGCCCAUUCUCCAGCUCCCAUCCGGAGAAGACCCACAUGGAACCGGCUGCCCAGGCCUCAGUCCUGCAUCCUGCAGCCACUGCACUCUCAGUAUGCUGACCAUUACCAAGAUACCCAGAGCUCACAAGACAGCAUCUUCCAUGACGAUCAGUACUUCAAGUCCGAGAGCAGUCUGGACCGCUGUGUUCUGGACCCUCUGGGCUUCCGUAAUGGCGGCGGGGCGCGUCUCAACGGCAGCAUGUGCAGCAGCCCGAGCGUGAGCUCGCUGAACCGCUCGCAGACCUUCACGCCGGCGUGUGCGUCGCCCAUGUCCCUGUCCACGUCCAGCCUCAGCACGGCGACCGCCGCCGGCGACUUCCCCGCGUCCGUUUCUCAGCGCCACUCGGCGGUCCUGCCGCCCUCCUAUAGGCCGACGCCGGAGUACGACGCCGUGAUGCGGCAGAAGCAGCGCCGCCUAGUCCCCGCCUCCUCCUCCUCGCAGCAGCACGCGGCGGCCAAUCACCACGCGACGCCGCAUCAGCAUCAGCACCAGCAUCAGCGCCGCUCCGCCGACAGCCACAGCCUAUCGCUGCGCAGCCUGAACAUAAGCCACGCCCACGCCUACCGCCACCCCGAGGCCCUGGUCAACAGCCAGCCGGAGAUCCGCGAGCGCGAGCGCGCCGGACUGUACCACUCGGGCGGCCCGUACGGGGGGGUGGCGGGCGGCGGUGGGCAUCCUCUGGGCUACGGAGGCGGCGGUCAUCACACCGGACCCGUCCAAUCACACGCUGGCUGCGGCGGCGGCGGAGGGGGCAUGAUGGGGUGCCGCUCGGGGGGCGCCGUGGGGGGGGGAGGAGGAGGGGUGGGCAGCGGCAUCUCUCACACCGUCAGCACGCCCGAGCUGGCCAAUCACAUGCAGCCUCUGGGCGGCGGAGGGGGGGGCAGUAGUGUCCACUCGGGGCACAACAGCGGGUAUGGGGUGGGCUCUAGCGGCGGGCACAUGCUGCGGAACCACCUGUCGCGCCCGCCGCCUCCGUACCCAGCGUUCCGUCCCACCACCAGCACGCCCGACCUGGUGAGCCUGCGCCAGCGAUGCCUAGGGGGCAGCAGCCCCGAGCUGCUCCACGCGCCACACACACACACACCACACGCACACACACACACACACCCCGAGCUGCUCCACGCCCAGAAGCUCCCGCUCGCCGUGCGCACCUUCCAGCCCGACAGCGUCGCGGUCGUGCGCCAGUCUCUACAGGAGGCCUCCUCCGCCACCUCCACCGGACCCGGCCCAGCUGCGGCCCAACGGCGUGCCAACCUCAGCAAGCGCCACAGCAUGGAGGUGGUGCCCCUGGGGGGGGGCGGCGCGGGGAGGUCAGGGGUCGCAGGGGUCACCGGGGCCGCCGCGGGCCAAUCACAGCUGCCGCUGCUGCGGAGGAACACCCUGCGUGAGCAGGUGGUGUCGUCGGGUCCUCCGGCCGCUCAGAAGGAGGUGCCCGCGCAGAUGCCCGCGCAGAAGGAGGUGCCCGCGCAGGUGCCCGCUCAGAAGGCGGCGGAGGCGUACGGGCACCAGAAGAGCCUGUCCAACGCCACCAUGCUGGUGCACAGCAGCGAGAGCGACAGCGACGACGACGACGACGAGUCUCCCGAGCUGGACGUCAGGAUCCCCGGUCUCCAUGACGACAUCAGCGCACAGCUGCAGGCCGCGCUCGCCAAGCUGCCCAGCAAGCCGCCGCCGGACUACCCACACACACACACACACACGCACACACACACACACACACACACGCCGCCGGACUACCCUGGAGCCCCCCGACACAGCGCCCGCAGCCAGCGGCAGGAGCGACCGCCGCACCCCACACACACACACGCACACGCACACACACACACGACGCUGACGCGGGGGGAGCAGCCGGGUCUCGGACCGUCCAUCUCGGAGCCAGACCUGACCAGCGUCAAGGAGCGCGCCCGCAAGGAGCCCGUCAAGGAGCGGCCCGUCUCCGAGAUGUUCUCCAUCGAGGACAGCAUCGUGGAGAGAGAGAUCGCUCAGAGGACACUGGAGCGUCAGCAGCAGAUGUGUGUGGAGAGCCCAAAGCGCCCCCUGCUGGCUGCCAACGGCAUGUACGCCACGCGCAUGCCCGUCACAGAGGGUCGCCAUGGAGAUGCCAUCGCCAAGGCCAACACUGACGAGAGGUGUAAGGCUCUGGAGCGGAGGCUGGAAGAUGACCAGCUACUGGGCGAGUACGAGCAGGUGCCCAAGAAGCAGACCGACGCUGUGGUCACCACGGCAACGCUGCCAGAAAACACCGAGCGCAACCGCUUCAGGGACGUGGUUCCGUACGAGGAGAACCGCGUAGAACUCGUCCCCAACAAGGAGAACAACACGGGAUACAUCAACGCCUCGCACAUCAAGGUGACUAUCCAUGGAGAGGAAUGGAACUAUAUCGCUACGCAGGGUCCUCUGACCAACACCUGCCAGGACUUCUGGCAAAUGGUCUGGGAGCAGGGGGUCAACGUCAUCGCCAUGGUGACCGCCGAAGAGGAGGGGGGCAAGAGUAAGAGUCACCGCUACUGGCCCAAGCUGGGCUCCAAGCACAACUCGGCGACCCACGGCAAGUUCAAGGUCACCACCAAGUUCCGCACGGACUCGGGCUGCUACGCCACCACCGGCCUCAAAGUGCGCCACCUGCUGUCCGGCCAGGAGAGGACCGUCUGGCACCUGCAGUACACCGACUGGCCUGACCAGGGCUGCCCCGAAUACGUCCAGGGCUUCCUCUCGUACCUGGAGGAGAUCCAGUCCGUGCGGCGCCACACCAACAGCAUGCUGGACCCGUCGCGUAGCCUGCGCCCCCCGGUGGUGGUGCACUGCAGUGCAGGUGUGGGACGCACCGGAGUCGUCAUCCUCACCGAACUCAUGAUCUGCUGCCUCGAGCACAAUGAGAGGGUGGAGGUUCCCCUCAUGCUGAACAGACUGAGGCACCAGCGCAUGCUGAUGGUCCAGACGCCGGCGCAGUACAAGUUCGUCUACCAGGUUCUCAUACAGUUCCUCAAGAACUCCCGGCUCAUCUAGAACCAUCUAGAACCCCAUCAGGUUCUCAUACAGUUCCUCAAGAACUCCCGGCUCAUCUAGAACCAUCUAGAACCCCAUCAGGUUCUCAUACAGUUCCUCAAGAACUCCCGGCUCAUCUAGAACCCAACCAGGUUCUCAUACAGUUCCUCAAGAACUCCCGGCUCAUCUAGAACCAUCUAGAACCCAACCAGGUUCUCAUACAGUUCCUCAAGAACUCCCGGCUCAUCUAGAACCCAACCAGGUUCUCAUUCCAGUCUGGACCCCACGCCCUCAAUGCCCCUGCUCAUCCAAUCUCUAACGCAGAACCAGCGAUGUUCCCACGGAACAGACUCAUCUUAUCUCUACUAUAGAACCCAGAACUAAUAUGUCCCAGUGGAACCGAGGUGUUCUUGGUGCAGUGGAGUGUUCGGCCUCUCCAGCGUUCUACAGUAGAACACUCCAGGGUUGUGUUAUGUGUUGCUCCUCUGGUUCUGUUAGUUUGGUUCUCUUUGUGUUCCGUUGCUCUUCUGUGUUGCUUGUUUAUUGUUUGCUGGUUUAUUUGUUUGUUUGUUUGUUUGUUUGUUUGGCCGUGGGCUCAGAGAGAAGAUUAUGGUCCAGAUUAGCUUUUCCUCUGAGACAGAGAGAGAGAGAGAGGGUGUGUGUGUGUGUGUGUGUGUGUGGAUCACUGAUAAGAGAGAGUGUGAGUAAGUGUGUGUGUGUGUGUGUGUGUGUGUGUCACACUGAGGGGUGUGUCAGUCACUCUGGACAGAGACCAGUGUAGCCCACACAAACAUGAGAAUGACGAUGAUGAUGUUGAUCAACAAUUCUUCUAUAUAUUUUUAAUAUAAAUUCUUAUUUUGUAAUAUUGGGGAAUGGUUUCUUAAAUCAUUUCAGUGAGGUGUUGUAGACGCAGAGGUCCUGUACAAGUGUUAAAGCUGGUAGUGCCCACAUGUGCUACAGUUCACCAUGAUGCUCCUAGUCUGACCGCACAGACAAGAGAUCACAAGCAGGAAGGGAGCCCAGUGGCCUUGAUGUGUGUGUGUGUGUGUGUGUGUGUGUCUUUCUGUCUGUCUGUGUGUGUGUGUCUGUGUAUGUGUGUGUGUGUUUGUGUGUCUGUCUUUCUGUGUGUGUGUGUGUGUGUGUGUCCGGCCUGAGUGCUCAUGUGGCGGUUCUAAAGCUGUUCUCAGGUCACAGGAGAGAACGUCUCUAGAACCUCCCUAGAACCCUGGACCAGCUGUACAUAGCAGCUCUGCGGUACCUAUCGUUCCACCUCCUCCCCUGAGACCCGCUACUCUGAGUCUGUCCUCGAGGUCUCAGACAUUUCAAUAUGUAAUAUUUUAUGGAUAUAUUAUUUUUUAAUUUAUUCUUUUUUUAACUCUUGCCUUUUGAACGGCAGUCUGUGUCUGUGCAGAGAGCACCAGUCUGAUGUCUGUCACCCACACACCUGGGAUGCCUGGGGCCCUCUGGGGCCCUCCACCCCUCUCCUCCAUCCCUCUCCUCCACCUCUCUCCUCCCCAGGGAUAGUGCAGGACUCUGGGGCAAUUCACCUCCCUCUGUUCCUCAGGCAGGGGUGAGGGUUGUGGGGCAUCUAUGUUCCUCAGGCAGGGUUGAGGGUUGUGGGGCAUCUAUGUUCCUCAGGCAGGGGUGAGGGUUGUGGGGUACCUCUGUU